CAUUCCUGCUCCCAGCAAGGCUUCCUCACCAGGACUGCUGCUUCCCUGCCCUAAAAAUGAGAGAAGAAAUCUUUGUUUUCCUACAGAGAAACCGUCCUAGAAUAACCCUUCUUCUACUCAAAAAAGGGUCUUUUUGAGAGGCAUAGUGUAAGUUUCCAUUGCAAAAUGAGUCCAAGCCCAAGCAGCCAUUGGUGGAUCCUGGGUGGCAUCUUAAAGAAUGCUGUGGAGACCUGUCCCCUUGGGGACUGCUGGGGGAUCUCAGCCCCAGUGCUGGACCAGACCUGAAAAGCCAGCAGGGAGUGGGGCCAUCAUCCUCCUGGUGACAUCAGGUAAACUCCAUGUGGAAAAAAUAGCAGCCACUGACAUUCAUCAGUGCUUGCUGAACGUUUAUGGAGACCAAACAGUGGAUGUGAGCAUGAAGAGGCAGUGAGUGAUGACACACGAUGGGACAGUGGGUCUGCUGCUGCAGGUUGUUAUAAGCGUGGCAUGUGGGCUCCUGUUCAUCACUGCUGAAAAUGUGCAGCUGAUGGUGGUGACCACUGAAAAAUAGUGUUUGGUAGCUGCGAGUUUGCUCCAUCAAAUAGUCUUACUAUGCAGGUCGCUGACCGGCAGUGCUCCUGCGGGUACUGGAGGCCGUUCACUUUCUCAACUCAGGAAGAAAACAAAGCUCAGGGCGGGGGCUGCCGGACGUGGGCUGCUGGAGGAGACGUGCUCAGCCCUCCGUCAGGAACAGCAGUGCCUUGCUCAGUGCUCUUGCAGCACCCUGAGUUCUCACCUUCACCCGUGAGACUGAUGGCUAAGGGAGGUGGUUCGUGGGUCUUGCUGCUGAAAUAACUCAGCCUUCCUUUGUCCUGCAGCUUGAUCUGUGAUAUUUCCAAGGUGCAGGGGUUGGUGGGCAUGCAGGGCAAGUGUGCACAAAGAGCGGGUCUGGAUUUGGCUUUCUAACCUUUCCUAAACAGAGAUUUGCAGAGAAGUAGGAAUACAAAGCUUGGAACGUGUGUGCAAAAAACAAAUGAUGGACUGGCUGGAGGCAGUGCACAUCCCAGGCUGCUCCUUGCACUUUCUCCUACUCCCAUUUCGCAUCCCUCAUUCUCCUCCCCCUGCAAUGCAGUGCAUCCCGAGUUACCACGGCCUUGGCAGCUGCGGGAGGAAGACAACAUGCGACCAGACAGGGCUCAAGGAAACUAUGGGAAGAUUAGGAAAUGUGUGAUGAGUUUUGAUAAGUGGAGGAAGCAGGUCACGUCCUGCUCGGAGGUAUGAAAGCAGCCUUCUCCACGCUCAAGAAUCAGCUGCUCCUGUUGGCACGCACUGCUCCAGCCAGGGAUGCUGUGGGCUGGAGGGAUGAGGCUGGGGACGGCCAGAAUCUUGCUGAUGCUCAUCCAUGCAGCAGCAGCCUGUGAGUUCGGGCCAGUGCCAUACAGCGUCACUGGGAUUGUCUGCAGGAUGACCAAGCCCGCGGCGUUGCUGUUGAACCAGGAGACAGCACGGCUCAUUCAAGCUGCGUUCAAGAACGCCAAAUUCCCAAACAUCACAGGGGAAAGGUCCAUGCGGCUCCUGGGCACGGUGGCUUACACGCUGACCAACAUCCAGGUCAGCGACUUGUCCAUAGAGCAGAGUGAGGUGGAGCUCAAGGAGAACUAUGCCAUUGAUAUAGCCAUCAAAAACGUGACAGCCUUCUUCAGAGGGACCCUGACUUAUGGCUACGCAGGGGCCUGGUUCCUGCAGCUCUUUCACUCGGUUGAUUUUGAAAUUGAGUCUUCCAUCGACCUCCAGAUAAACAUAAAACUGUUAUGCCAGGAGGAGCAGGUGGCUGCCGACGCCUCGGACUGCUACCUGUCCUUCCACAAGCUGGUGCUGCACCUCCAAGGAGACAAGGAGCCGGGCUGGCUGAAGCAGUUCUUCACCAAUUUCAUCUCCUUCACCUUGAAGUUUGUGCUCAAGAGAGAAGUGUGCAAAGAAAUAAAUCUCCUUGCCCAGGUGAUGGCAAAUUUUGUCCAUGACAUCGCAGAAAAUUUUGUCAGAGAUGAGGCCAUUGGACUCGAUAUUUCCCUUGCAUCAGAUCCUUUAAUUAAAGCAAAUUACCUAGAAUCACACCACAAGGGCCUCGUCCUGUACAAGAACUACUCUGACGUCCUCAGCGACUCUGUUUUCUCCCCAUCGCUGCUGUCCGAAUCCCGAAUGCUGUACUUCUGGUUGUCUGAACACAUCCUCAACUCCCUGGCUUCGGCGGCUUUCCUAGAUGGGCGCCUGGUGCUGACCAUCAGAGGGGAGAAGCUGCAGGCGCUGUUUGAAUUUGAAGACACAGAAGCACAACAGAAGGCAGUGCGUUUGAUUUUCCAAGGCAACUCCUACAAUGAUUCUGUGGCCAAGGUGUGGAGCCUUGCCCUUCCUGAGAUCUCUCUCCAGCCCGAAGGGACAGUUGUGAAGUCGUUGGUAGCAGUGGAGAUCAGCAUCCUUUCCCCAGGAGAAGAGCCCUUGACAGUUCUAUACAUGGAGAAGGAAAUCACGGUCACUGUCCAAGCUGCCUAUGUGGAAAAGAAACUCAUUUUGCGCCCUCUGGAUUCCAGGAUAGAGUUUAAAGUCUUUAACUGCACAGCUGAUCCAAGUGGAAAUGACCAGCCCAUAAGAAACUUCCUGCAGAAGAUGAUCUCCGCUGUUGGGAUCCCAGAAGUGAUUUCAAAGAUCGAACCAGCUUUAACCUCACUGAUGAACAGCAAAGGGCUUCAUUUGUUUGAGAUUAAAAACCCUGAGAUCAUCACAAGAAAGAGAUACCUAAUUGUACAGCUUGACUUUAGCUUCCCCAACCAUUUGCUGCUUAACUUCCUCAAGAAAACGUUAUAGAACCGGUCUCUUUGUACAAGCAGAUUGGGUGUGAAACAAAAUACAAAUUGGUUUGAAUCAG